AAUAUGUUCCCACUCGAACGCACCUUGCAUGUCUUGGCCAAAGUAGAAGCGUUUUAGGACAGAAGGCCUUGUUGAGCUUUGUCCAUCUCGAUUUGCUUCAGUAGGAGUAGCUUCCAUCCGCGUCCGCUAAAUGGGUUCGGCUUUUCUUGAUCUCGGCUGAUCGUGUGCAUUGGAGCCGGAGGCGGGGGGGAUUCGCCCGCAUGGUUCGUCCGUUGCUCUGGAGUUUGGAAAGAUUUAAAGUUCUGUUCUGGUUUGAGCAGGAUUCUGGCGGAAAGACACAUCAGAAAUGAGGGAAUUAUCAAGUAUGGAUCCUGUGUGUGACUUCUGCGGUGUAGUGAGGGCCGUGGUGUACUGCAAAUCGGACUCGGCCCGCCUUUGUCUGCAGUGCGACGGGUGCGUCCACUCCGCUAACACGCUCUCCCGUCGUCACGCGCGCUCUUUGCUGUGCGACAAGUGCUGUUCGCAGCAUGCGGUGGUUCGAUGUAUGGAUGAGAGGUUGUCGCUGUGCCAGGGCUGUGAUUGGAGCGGCAAUGGGUGCUCGGGGCAUGGACACCUUCGCCAGGUGCUGGACUGCUACACGGGCUGUCCUACAUUGUCCGAGUUCACAAGCAUAUGGUCCUCGGUUCUUGAUCCGCCUUGUUCGAAUGAUUCGGAUAGCAGGUGGGGGCUGCCGAGCGCUCCCCCAAUGGAAGGCAAUGGCGUGAGCAACUUGUUGGAGAAUAGGGACUGCGAGGGCUCAUAUGGGAUGGCGAUGAGCAAGCUGAAUGAGUUUGGCCCUUGGAUGCGGCCGGCUGCAUUGUCGACACCGAAUGCAAACUAUACCCAACUGUGCAAAGAUCAAGCACCUUUCACUGCUCAGGAACUCAAUUUGCCCAAGGUGCCCUUGGGUUGUUCUGGUUCCAAAAGUCUCGGGUUCGACGGAAGCAGCGAUCUAUGCCAGAGUCUCGGCAUGGAAGAUAUUCCCCGCCAUGGAAAUGGGGAUGAGGUUUUGGGCUAUCAGCCUUGUCAAAAGAGGUUUCUCUUCGAAGAUGGAGAUAUGGAGUGCCUUCUGAUGGAGAAGAAUCUGUCAGCUACAGAGUCCAAUGGACCUAUUGAGAAUGCCAUGGAGGCAUCAUCCUCGGCGCAACAGGACUCGGUAUCUUUUCAUUCCUCUUACAUGGGCGGUUCGGUAACCGGGGUGCAGUCUAUGAAGGGAGGCGCGAAUUGCCUGCUUAUGAGUCCUGGGUGCAGCAGAAAUUUAAAUUUCGGAUAUCCUGCUGGCCCGGUUCAUUCGAGCAUAUCACUAUCCUUGUCGAAUAUCACCGGGGAAAGUAGCGCAGCUGAUUACCAAGAUUGUGGACUGUCACCGGUAUUUCUAACUGGUGAAUCGCCGUGGGAACCAAACCUGGAGGCAAGUUGUCCGCAGGCAAGGGAUAAAGCUAAGAUGAGAUAUAACGAGAAGAAGAAAACAAGAACAUUCGGAAAACAGAUAAGAUAUGCCUCUCGGAAAGCCAGAGCGGACACAAGAAAACGGGUAAAAGGUCGAUUUGUAAAGGCAGGGGAAGCAUAUGAUUAUGACCCUCUACGGACAAGGGACUCCUGAGCCAUAUCACAAACUUGGUCCUUGAAAGACAAGUCCAGACAGAAUAAGGUUUGCGAGUAUGUUGUUCACAGGUCUAAUUGUCCUGUCUUGAGUUGGGGGAGGAUUCUGCUUCUGCUCUCAACCUAUGGUCAC